AUGGGCUCGGGUCAAUUCGAGAAGGCCGGCGUCCUUGCCGCUGAUUUCUCCGGUUUGGAGGCGGCUUCUCCCGGUUUCACUCUCUCCCAGGAGGACAUCAACUCCCUGGCCUCCGCCUUCACCUCCAGCUCCAACGCCUUCGCCAACGGUUUCUCCAUCGGUGGUGCUAAGUACGUCUGCAUCAAGGCCGACGAGCGCAGUCUAUACGGCAAGAAGGGCAAGGAGGGCGCUAUUGUCGUCCGCGCUAGCGCUUGCACCAUGAUCGGAGUCCACGGUGAAUCUGCUCAGACCAACAAUGCCGCUACUGUCGUCGAGAACCUGAUCGACUACAUCAACAACCCUAAAUAA